AUGAGGAACGUCAUAUUCCUGUUGCCAGUCUGGGCAGUCGUCUGUCAUGGCGCAGCUUUACCACAGGUGAUUGUCACGCCAACUGUCAAGCCAACCGCUCGACCAACAGCGUGGACUUUCACAGUUCCAUGUUAUACGAGUACAAAGGGAUGCAAACCUACAACAGUCACAAUCAAGGGUCGAGAAGCCGAAGCAAGUCUUGCGGCUAGACAUCCCCAGCUAGAAAUUGUUACAAUAUCUCGGGAAGAUCUAGUCCUACCGACUUAUACCCCACCAAAGCCGACUACCAGUUCGAAGAAGAGCACCUCUUCGGUCAAGAGCUCAACGAAGAAGCAUCAUCACCAUUCAAAGCCAACUACAAAGUCGACCACAAAACCAACCCCGGUGCCAACCUCAUAUACCACCGUUCCACCAACUACUCGGUAUCCAAUUCCUACUGGACCCCAGACUACGAGAGAUACGCCACCUCUCACAGUUCCGCUGGAUAGAAGAGAGCCACAGGUUCUUGGCACCCCCACCAGAACGGUUAUUGCAGCUCCAAAGCCAACAAAGCUUCCGCCAUUUUGGUGGUGGCCACCACAUUAUCCUUCCCCUACAAAGACAUCUACCAAACCUACUGUUACUCCCACAAAGUCGUCGACCAAAAUGACAUCCACUACGACCUCGACAACCAAGACACCAACCCCAACUGUGAUAACCGAUCCUCAUCCAACCCCAUCUACCAGCAGGGUAACAAGCAUUGGAGGUCCAGAGACCACUAGAUAUCCUACGCCAGUUGAACCGAUAACCACUCGAUACCCAACUCCAGUUGAGCCAAUAACCACAAGAUAUCCCACCCCGGUUGAGCCAAUUACUACCAGAUAUCCUACACCAGUUGAACCAAUUACUACCAGAUAUCCUACACCUGUAGAACCGAUUACUACCAGAUAUCCUACACCGGUCGAACCGAUCACGACUAGAUAUCCAACUCCAGUCGAGCCCAUCACUACCCGCUACCCAACCCCAGGGGAGCCAAUAACAACACGAUAUCCAAGUCCUCUUCCAUUUCCUAGCGAAUCACCUCCAGAUACCGAAUAUCCACCCCCAGUUUUAACUGUACCCAUUAGUGACGAACCAGCACCAGUGACCGACUACCAGCCACCUAUUCUUACUGUUCCCAUAAGUGACGCACCACAAGAGACUGGCUACCUAGGCCCUAUCCUCACAGUUCCUAUUAAACGGGAAACCCGAACCAUCAGUGCCGAAGGUCCAGACACCACGAGAGCCGUUGCCGUGAUAACUGUUCCAAUCAACGCUAGGAAUGACGUUAUAACCCGUUCUGUCAUCUGGGGCGGUCCAGAUACUACUCGUACCGCCUCUUUCCUAACUGUGCCGAUCAAAGAAAAGCGUCAGACUCUUGGAUCCCCCACGAGAACAGUGUAUGAGCCAACAGUAACACCACCUGCUCCUCCUCCUCCACCACCUCCUCCAUCCACGAAACCAACCACCAAACCAACUUCAUCUACAACUAAACCAACCCCUCCUACCACAAAGCCAACUCCUCCAACCACGAAACCUACACCACCUACCACCAAGCCAACCACCAAACCCACUCCUCCAACAACCAAACCUCCCCUCCCAACUCCAACCCCACCCCACCCAACCUACCUCGAAGUCCCAGCCAAGCGCCAAAUCCUCACCUUCCCAGGCGACAUGCCAUGGCCAUCAAACGUGCCCAUCCCAACCGAUGUACCGAUAUUCACCGUGCCAGCAAGAGUUAACGGACGUCAGGAGCUGGGCGAUCCGACAAGAACAGAUAGUCCGUGGUUUACUUAUAGUCCGAGACCGGUUGUUAGGAGGAGAGAGGGCGCGGAGAGACGGGCCGUUGUUUAG